AUUAAGUUUAUUUAAAUUUGGCGCUUUGGUCAUCUUAAAUGUUGUUGGACUCAUUAAGGGAUCGGGUUAUGUAUCUGUAUUUAUUGAUUUGUUUGUGAUCAAUUUAUUACAUAUCUUUUGAUCAAUUGAUAUCUUUUGAUUGUUUUGAAAGCGUUUUGUUUUGUUUUUUAAUUGCUUUUUGUCUUGGUUUUUUACUGUGUAAUUAACAAUUUAUUUGUCAACCUAAUUUCUAGUGUUUGUUUCCUAUUUAUCUAUGCUAUUUAACCAUUGUUGUUGUUAUUGCUUUUACUUUUUUUUAAUGUCUAAUUAGUACUAUUAGGAAUCUUGGUCUUGUCAACAUUACCAGUUAAGUGUUGUAUUUCAAUUGGAAACUGACUUGGUUUAAAUUUGCAAAUCUUGACUUAAAGCCAGGGAAAAGGAAAGGUUCGCUCAAUUUGAUUGCCUAAUUAAUACAAUUUACAUGGAUAAAGUCUUGGUGACACUUUUUAUGAAAUGAUGAAGAUUAAUAGUGAUAACUAAUUAUCCGCUACCAAACUGGAUUCUUCCAAUGGUUACUGCCUGUGUAUUACAAGCAAACAUGGUAAAUGGAAGCUUUUAACAUAAAAAUGGUCUGAAGACAACAAUUAAAUGAAAAAACCAUUAAUUCUAAUUAUCGGUUGGUUUAAAUGAUGAAGGAGGAGUUGACAAGACAAGGGAAACAAUAAUAAGCAAAGAUCAGUGUGACUCUGGAUCGGAUUAACCAAGUGAUAGUGAAGAUGAUAUAAUAUUGCUGGAGUAAAGAAGAAUGAAGAUGUUGAUGAUCAACUAUUAAGUUGAACAUGAUCUUGUGAGUAAACAUUGACUCAAACACUUAACUUGAUUUGAGAUGUUCUUUACUCCUAUUUUUUUCUUCCUUUUCCUCCUCCUUCUCAUCAUCACCAUCAUCUUUCCUUUUUCAUUCAAUUAUGAACUGCGAAUAAGACAAAGUGUCCAUGGAAGAAAUUAAGGAAAGCAAAGCAAGCUGGAAAUGAAGACGAUAAUCUUGAUGAUGAUUGCCGUACUUCAUCUAUUCUCAUGGUAUUCCCAUUAUGAUGACAAAUUACAGUGAUUACCAGAGACUGGAUAACAUCGCCUUUUAUUACCACUUUUUCACUCUAUUCUUGCUUCUUCAUCAACAUCUUCCUCCUCCUCAACAAUAACAUCAACAUCAUCAACAGCAAUAUGCUCAUCAUCUUGUUGGCCAUCAUCAACCAAUCAACCUGAAAAACUGUUGGAACCAGAGAGAGGAGAGGGAAGCCAAAAGAAGAGAAGAGGAAGAAAAAAACCUUAUUCCUUCACUUUUUCUCUUCCUUUAAUACACUGUAAAUGACUUGUUCAACUCUUCUUCUUCUCCUUUCGAAUGAUAAAAGAUGAUGAAGAUGAUGAUGGUAAAAUCUUCCUUGCCUAUUAAGUCACUAUUAUCAUGCCAUUGAACCAUCAUCAUGAUCAUUCCUUUGUCUUGUUCAAUAUCUUGUUGAGCGUUGUACAUAAAAUUUGACAGAAAAUGAUUUUUAUCGUCAAUUCUGUCUUUCAGUAAAAAAAGGAUAAGAAGAAGAAAACAAAUCUAUGCCAUUUUGAUCAAUAUAGAAAGAAAAAUAGCCCAAAUUAAGGUGGAAAUCAUCAUCAUCAUCAACAUCAGCUUUAUCAUUUCCUUUUAAAUGAUAAUAUAAUAUGGAAGCUCAAUGGGCUAGACUUAAAGAGAUGAAGAAUUGUAAUGAUAAAAAAUGAAUUCUCAUUUUUUAUGUUUUCUCAAUUGAAAUGAAAGAUUCCAUUAAGUGUUCCUUAACUCUUGCCUUUCAUGCCAUUUGAUUGAUUAAAGGUGAUCAAAGUGUACAUUAUUGAUCAUCUUAAAAUGAUUGGAAAUUAAUAUUAAUCUGAUUUCUAUUGGUACACUAACCUUGUAAACUUUAUUUCAAGUCAGGAUUGUUCAACUGACUAUCAAGUGAUAAAUGAUGCUGCAAGUUAUUUGCAAGAUCUUUUUGGUAUCCUAAAAGUGUCACCUCGCAAGUAUGAAAUGCACAGGAAUGAUGACGAAGUCGAGAACGAAAAGCAAAGGAAAAAAAUAAAAUAAUUAAUAAUCAACUGGCAAACAUCAACAACAACUGCAACCAACGAUGAAUAAAUUAGUCGAUGGAGAAAGUUAAAGCUUGGUAAAUGCUAUAAAUGAUGGAGAUAAGUAAAAAGGAUUAUUUAUCCUGAUGGAGAAGCAAAAGUUAAUGAAAAGCUGAAGCAAAUAUUUGGCACCUAAGAAGGAUGAGACUAAAAGGAGGUAAAACGAGGAAAGAUGCUCGCAAAUGAUUAUGAAGCUCAAUUAAUUUUGACAGAGUACUCGGAGAAAGCCAAGGAAUGAUGAUGAUAGAGACAAGAGAGUAUCCCGUGGAUGCUGCUUUGAUGCUAUUGAAUCGUGGAUCUUGAUCUAAGCAUUUACACCUAAUAGCAUGAUAUUUUCCUCUUAUUUUCAUGGAUCAGGACUGGAUUGGACAAAUUCAUCGACAAUAUUGAAACUUACAAACCAAAAAGCUUACCUUUAACAGUACCUUUAACUUAGUCUCUAUUAACUGCACAAUUUCUUGUUUAAUUGUGUAACAGCUUGGAAAUAUAAUAUAAUUUAUCGAAAGAAAAUCAUCUUCUAAUUUAUUUGAUUUUACAUUUGAAUAUUAAAUUUGUGUUACCGCCUUCAAUCAAUCUGGAUAGAUAUUUAUGACUUUUUAAAGUUAACUUCUCACACAUUAAUUAAUAAAUCAAUAUGUUUUCCCGAGUGUUGUAUUGGUUAUAUUAUAUUUUAGUUUUAACUUGGAUUGAGACUCAGAUUAUUUGCACAUUUCAUUAUUAAUCUUUUAGUUUUAAAAGUCGAGUGUUUACAGUUUAAUUAAACUUGUCAGAAAUGAUCAACAUUGUAAUUUUGAUGAUAAUUUUAUAUUCAAAUUUUGUAUCAACGACAGAGGUCGAGAAUACAACCGAGACCGAGUACCACGAGAAAAUUGCUUAUGGUCGAUAUGUUUACGAACCAGGUGCUUAUCCCUUUUAUUAUUCAAUUCAAUAUCCAAUUCUCAGUCCGACAGAAGGAUACGUUCACGUCUGUAGUGGAGCAUUGCUGGGCAAGAGACUCAUGAUAACAGCAGCUCAUUGUCUUGUCAAUACCUCACAUAUUCCCCUAUACCGUGUUUUACCCAACUAUCGAAAUACACCGCUGAUUUUACCUAACGAUCUAGUCUUCAAAAUUGAAGACUAUGAGAUACACCCAGGGGCUAAUCAGGGUAUAUUUCCAUUUAAAGAUGACAUUGCUAUUGUGCGUUUGGACCAAGAUGAUCCUCGACCUGGUGUAAAUCUUCUGAAGCCUAUUAUACCACUUCAUCGUUGUUUACCAGUCAAGAUGAUGGGCUAUGGUUACACUGAAAGUGGUGAUUAUCCGUAUAGAUUAAAAGAUGCGACUGUUUUCCUGCUUAGUGAUGAAGAGUGUCUCGAUGUCUUGCCAUAUCCUAUCUACAUUCCAAUCAGCAAUAUCUGUGUUUCUAAUAGCAUUGGAUCAGCUGGAUGUUCUGGUGACUCAGGUGGACCUUUAGUUUUGGAAAACCCACAAAAUGGUAAAAGCUAUCUUUAUGGUGUUCUAACUGGCGGACCCGAUCCCUGUCGCCAGUCAGACAUGACUACCUAUGUUAAUGUUUUAGUGUAUUUAUAUUGGAUUGAUGCAGCUAUGUUAAGAUUAUCUCGUGAUGAAUUGAGAUCCGAUUCUGAUUGAAUGUGUUCAACCUUCAAUGGAUACAAAAUGAUUCAAACACAAUCAAAUUGGAUCAAUUUAUUAUGCCAGUUGAACAAUUUUUGUACCUUUUGAAGAUUUAAUCAAAACAAGAAUCAAUCUUUUGAGUCUUUUUUUGUAAUUUGUAUUCAUAAAAAUAUAAAAAUUACCAACAAAUAAACUGUUUCUAAUAUUGUAAGCAUUAGAUGAACAACCAAUGAAACCAUAUGAAACAUUUCAAGCAACAACAUGACUUAUAAACCUGAUUACUGUCGACGCCUCAUCAUCUUAAUACCACCAUUAAUAACAUAUUAAAUUGCAACGGCAAAAUCCUAUUAUUGUUAAAUUUAAA